CUCGCACACAACGUCACCAAAACGUUGGGGUUCACUCUUACCAUCACGAGCUCGAGGCUGGUAUCAAUCUGUAAUGCCUAUGCAUGUACAACGCCAUGAGCAUUUUUACUUCACUUUUGUCACUUUUUUGGUCGAGGACUGCUUGUUCAGAGUACCUCGUGACACCCUAGAGGCGCAGUCAGACAUCUUUCGCGAUUUAUUUCUAUUGCCUGUUGAUGCCGACAAAGCUGAGGGAGACUCAGACACAAAUCCUAUCGUUCUUGAGGGCAUUCUGAAGGAAGAAUUUCAGUCUCUCAUGAAGGUCUUAUAUCCCAUGCCUUUUACCCGUUUAACCCCGUCUCCGGACGGACUUCCAGCAACCCUCGAGGAGUGGACGGGCAUACUGAAGCUGUCCAGAAUGUGGGGUUUCACCAGCAUCCAGGAAUUUGCCAUCCAACAGAUGGAGCCUAUACUUGCUACGAGACCUCUGGACAAAGUUGCACUUGCUCAGGAUUAUGGGGUCACAGAAUGGCUGGUCCCGGGUUUGCUGCAAUUAGCAAGGAGAGAAGAGCCCGUUGGACCAGAGGAUGUACGGAAACUUGGACUGGAUACUGCGUUAAAGCUGGCCGAUGUCGAGGACUGCUUGUUCAGAGUGCCUCGUGACAUGCUAGAAUCGCAGUCGGACGUCUUUCGCGAUUUAUUUCUACUGCCUGUUCAGACUGGCAAAGCCGAGGGACACUCGGACACAAACCCUAUUGUUCUCGCGGGCGUUCAAAAGGCGGAAUUCCAGUCUCUCAUGAAGGUUUUGUAUCCCAUGACGUUUACCCGCUUACCGUCUCAAGACGGACUUCCAGCAACCCUCGAGGAGUGGACGGGCAUACUGAAGCUGUCCAGAAUGUGGGGUUUCACCCGCAUCCAGGAAUUUGCUAUUCAAAAGAUGGAGCCUAUACUUGCUACGAGACCUCUGGAUAAAGUUGCAUUUGCUCAGGAUUACGGGGUCACAGAAUGGCUGGUCCCGGGCCUGCUGCAACUGGCAAGAAGAGGGAAGCCCGUUGGACUGGAGGAUGUACAAAAACUUGGACUGGAUACUGCGUUAAAACUAGCCGAGGUUCGAGAGAGCGCCACACAGGCCACUGUGUCAGGUGAGCGAUGGGAUUCCGCCUCCGGCCGUUCAGUUAAGACAGUCGGCAUCACUGCGACUGGUUCUCGAGGUGCUAAUUCGUGCGAUUUUACCAAUCGAAUCCGUCAAGUACUUCAUUUGUAGGGGUGAUUUCAAUAUUCUAUAUAUGAUAG